AUGUCUGAAGCGGACAUUAGCCCCCUCGCGGAGCUACUUGGGCACGCGUUCUAUCAUUUCGAUCGCAUGAGGCCUCUUCUCCCCACAUAUGGACAUUUACUAGUUGCAUCAAUUUUUCCCAUCUGGAUUGGUGCCCAUGCGUCUCUCUCAAGGCCCUCCUCGGCAGCCAAGCCUCCCAAGAAGGCGGAUGAAGACCAAGACGGUGACGACGAUGAAGAUAAUGAAGAUGACCAAGGUCCGCUCCAGAAAAUGGAGGGAUUAGAACCAUCAGACGCGUUGAUGUUUCCCUUGACUGCGGGCCUAACACUCGGUGGUCUUUAUAUGGUCAUCAAAUGGCUGGAAGACCCUGCCAUUCUCAACAAAAUCCUCAGCUUUUACUUCUCACAGAUGGGCGUGUUCUUCGCCAUUUCUUUCCUGAAGGACAUUCUAUUGAUUGUACGAUCACUUAUUUUCCCACGUUACUACCGCCGUGGUGGGGAAACCUACCAUGCGAUCCAAUCUCAAAGGGUGUUCAAAGCCGAAUUGUCCAAUGACGUGAGAUCCUCGCCUUUACCGGGAAUAUUUGGCUCAAUUCCAUUGCCCGCAUUUGCUCGAAACUUCCUAUGGAGCUGCCGCGAUGUUUCCUAUCGGCGCCUAAGACUGCGCGCUCAAGUCCGUGGUCUCUUCGAAAUCAAGCCUCUCGUGGGCCUUCUUGACCUCUUGAGUGGGAUCGUGGCCCUGAUCGCUGUGGGCUACUUUGCAUUCGUGACAAAACCAUGGUGGUUAACCAACUUCCUCGGAUUUAGCUUCUCGUAUGGAGCUUUACAAUUCAUGUCCCCAUCAACAUUCUGGACUGGGUCAUUGAUCCUUGGAUCCCUAUUCUUCUACGAUAUCUACUUCGUCUUUUUCACCCCCUUGAUGGUCACUGUCGCUACCAAGCUGGAUGUCCCCAUCAAGCUCCUAUUCCCUCGACCACCAAGCCCAGGUGACAAGCCCGGUAUUGAGUCGCUUGCUAUGCUGGGUCUCGGAGAUAUUGUUAUUCCCGGAAUGAUGAUUGGCCUUGCAUUACGAUUUGAUCUCUUCCUUUACUAUCAGAACAAGGGUAUCAAAAAGGCCCAAAUUGAAGGCUCGACGGAAGAAAUCAGCAAGCCAGUCUACCAAAGAGCUACCGGAUCUUGGGGAGAACGACUUUGGGCACCCGCCAUGACCCCUCGCGAACCCGAAACCCAGCCGCCUUACCACGAUGCGCGAGCUUUCCCCAAAGUCUACUUCAAAGCUAGUGUCGUGGGGUACAUCGUUGGUAUGAUCACGACUCUUUUGGCUAUGCAAUAUUCAAAUCAUGCCCAGCCUGCGCUUCUAUAUCUCGUCCCCGGCGUCUUGAUUUCCUUGUGGAGCACAGCAUUCUUCCGCGGUGAAAUCAAAUCCAUGUGGGAAUUCUCCGACGCAGAAGAGGAGGAAGAAGAUGAGAAUGAAGAUGCAAUUAAGGAAGAGGCAGGUGAUAAGAAUAAACCCGCCAGUGAAGGGGUGAAGAGUCUUUUCGCGCGUAUCUGGGCUGGCGAAGCGAACAUUUUCGGCUCAAGCACCGAUUCUAAAGUGAAGAAAGAACCCGAAGAUCAGGCCAAGUCAAACGAGGAUGGCGAGAAUGUAAAAGUCAAGGAUGUCAACUCCGAAAAGACCAAAAAGAAGAAGUCCGAGAACAACUUGGAUCUAAUUUCGUUCUCCAUCUCAUUGCGCGGCAAGAAAGAGAACCUCUCGAGUGGCAGGAUAUCCACCGAUGACGAACUGGUCACGAUCCCUGGACGGGUGGACGAAGAUGAUGCACGCCCAUUGAAGAAGCGCCGCGGGACUCCCAGAAAGCCGACGCUUCAGUGA